AUGUGGAAGGGCUCGAACGUCAAGCCUAAGAUCAUUUGGAUGGUCUUGUGUCGUGGCUGGACACCAGGGUUUGAGACCAUUCUAGAUGAAGGGCUCAAUCAGGGUCUCUACGAUCCUCGCAAUGCACUGGAGAAAUUGGUCUUCAUCUAUCUUGCUAUAUCGUGGCUGCAAGCCGAGUUGGAUGCAUUCAUGAAACGACUCAACAGUAGCCCCCGACAUGCAGAUAAAACCAAGAUUCUACCUCACAGAAUCCCUGAUCUUAUUACAGCGAAACCAGAAAAAUACAAUACUCGGGAUUUUAAGAUCCUUGUGCCCUCAGAGCUCCUUGACGAGUUUGAGCUGAGAUGGGCACCUCCUGAUCAUCCAAUUUUCCAGCUCACACUGCCAGAAUUUGUAGCGCUCUCCCGACAACUUUACGAUGGACUCAGACAACCGGCAGUGUCCUCCGAUACGUUCUGGGGUGUCUACAGUGCACUCCUCCACACUUUUCAUCAGCUACCCUUUCUCCCCAAUUUUGCGGCAUCUGUGCAAACACAAAUGGACAGGGAUCCUGAAGACUUUGUCCCUCUGCUGCUGAACCUUGCCGAAUUGCCAGCAUUCUCAGAGGACGAGGGGGAAGAGGGAGAACCGGAUGUUCAAAUUUUUGCGGACUUCUCAGAUGAGGAGAACAGUGGGUAG